AUGUCUGAACGAAAUCCUGAACUAUCACGCGGCGGCAAUGAUAUUCACAGUUGCAAAAAACGAUUAUGCUUCAUGCUCUUCAUUGCAUUGAAAUUAAAUUUACAUGGCGCACUAUCUGCUACUGUGCGUUGUGACAGGUUGCGUCCGCUUUUGUUGCGCGCUUUUCAGUCUGCUUGUUCAUUCAAUAGUUCCCUGCUUAGUCAAGUGUUGAGGCCCUUUACAUGUGAUUCAUGUCUUCCGCCAAGAGUUUGA